UCGCUCAAGGUGGAAGAACAGGCCUCCGGGGUUUUGGGGACGGGGUUUGGAGGCGAGCCGCCGACGGGCUCCCUCCGGCGGCGUCCCUAUGGACUCGGCGGCGAACCAGAGCGUCUCCCGAGCAACCUCCCCGCGCGCAUCCCCACCCACACCAACGCUCCCCUCGUCGCCAGUAUCCUCACCGUCCCGCUGCUCCAAAACCACCGCGUCGCCACCCUCACCGGGGUCCUCCUCGUCGCGCUCCUCCACGACCACCUCCUCGCCGACGCCGGAGCUGUCGACCCUGCCGCCACCAUCGCCGGUGCCUACGAUGACUACCGAUUUAGCGCCCUCCUCUCCCGCGGUCUCCUCACCGUCGCCGUCCACCAACGUCGUCGCUUCGUCGUCAGCGACAGAGGUCCUGCCGUCGUCGCGUUCCUCCACCACUACCUCUUCGCUGGUGCCGGCGCUCUCGAUCCCGCCGCCACCAUCGCCGGUGCCUACUACGAGUCCCGAUUCAGAGCCCUUCUCUCCCGUGGUCUCCUCAGCGUCGCCCCGCAAGGUCGCCUCGUUGUCAGCGACAGAGUGCAAGGUUGAGCUGAUUGAUAGGGGUGAUGAAAGUUCUGGUGCAAAACAUGAAGAAGAUUCAGGGCACAAGCUUAAGGUGCUGAUUGAUAGGGGUAAUGAAAGUUCUGGUGCAAAACAUGAAGAAGAUUCAGGACACAAGCUUAAGGUGCUGAUUGAUAGGGGUGGUGAAAGUUCUGGUGCAAAACAUGAAGAAGAUUCAGGGCAAAAGCUUAAGGAUUCUGCAUCAGAUUUUGGUGACUAUGAUUGGCAAACUGAAAAAUGGUCCAGAAGUCAAGAUCAAGAAGUUCCUGUAUCUUCUCCAAUCAUAUCAGAAUCUUUCCUCAGCGAAUCGAGCACAUUUUCCCUUGAUUUGGAGAAGGGGGGUUGUUAGAGCAAGGACAAGGUUUAAUGGAAAUGGCAGGAGUGGUGGAAACGGCAAUGGCAACAGUGAGAGGAGCAAUGGCAGUGGCAACAAUGGUGGUGGGCAGCUCUAUAGAGAUGAUGCAGGGCAUGAGAAUGAGAAUGACACGGAAAGUAGUGAGGAUGUCAGACAAAUUGAGAGGGACAAAAAGAGAAGAUGCAGGCGUCUUUCCAUCAUUAUCGGUAUGCUUUUUCUGUUUCAUGGGGUGAUGCUCUUAAUCAAGUGGUUGUUGUUGAAGUAUAUGAAGGACCGUGAGGUUGCGAGUGUUUGGAUUGAGGCAGGGUCUUGGUUUCUUCUCGUGAUCUCUUUCAUGCUCAUCAAGAUACUAAUAGUGGAUAGAUCAGAUGUGGCUGUUUUGAACAAAUGGGUUGAAGGUUGUCACGUAUUUUUGCACACUGCGGCCUUUGCUCUGUCAUUUGGUUUUGACCAUACUCCAAUUGGAAAGAACCCUAUGGUUUCACUUGCAAUAGCUCAUGUUGUGGGAUUCAGCUUGCAAGUAGUUGGUUCCAUCAUAAUUCAAAAGAUCUUCAAUGUUGAUUCUGCCCCAGAGGUUCCGGAGUGUAGUUGACUUAAGGGCAAGAUGGAGGCCAGGAAGUAGUUGCUCCAUUCAACUAGGGCAAGAUGGAGGCCAAGAAGUAGUUGCUCCAUUCAAGUAGGACAAGACGGAGGCAAAAGAAGUAGUUGUUCUGAAAGUAUAGAGAUGAUGAGUGGUACGGAUGAUACUAACAGUGGGUUCAUAAUGCAUAUCAUCUCGAGGAUUGGCUGAUGACAACUUUGUGCAUUCUAAAUAGUUUUUGCUGCGUCUGUGACCUGGAGUUUCAUUUGUUUCUUGGACAAAAAUA